CUACGUGUCUGUAGUCCAGCUCCGCAGUAGCACCAGGUUGUGGGAUUCCAGCUCUGGCCUCUGAUACAGAAGAGCAGGAGCCCUCUUUCAGGGCUGAGCGUGGUUCAUUGCUAGCAGCAUUCAGCUCACUGGCGACGCAGUAUGCUAUCAGGAGACAUUCAGACCCUUCCAGAGGGCAGAAGAGAACUGCGACGGGUCUCCCACACCCCUCGUCGAGACCAGGAACCCCAAAGGAAGUCUCGCAAGAAGCUCCAAGUCAUCAUCUGUGUCCUGCUGGUGGAGCUUUGCGAGAGAUUCACUUUCUUUGGGAUUGUAUGCAACAUGAUUCUCUUCUGCACCGUGAAGCUGGGCUACGACAACUACCUGGCAGCGACGGUCAACCUGUGCUUUGUAGGAGCCAGCACCUUGACCCCCGUCUUGGUCGGGUGGUUCGCAGAGACCUGUUUAGGAAGGAGUAAGGUGCUCUAUUUGUGUGCUUUUCUUCAUUUCUUUGGCACGGCCAUGCUGCCCGUGGUGGCUUUCCCCUUUGAAGAUUUCUACAUCGACACUCAUCACAUGACCCACCAGCUGGAACCUCGGGAGCAGCAGAUCUUGUUCUACACCGGCCUCCUGGCCGCUGCGCUCGGCAUCGGGGGCAUCCGGGCCAUUCUCUGUCCCAUGGGGGCCUACAGCCUGCAGGGCUACAACCAGCAUCAGCUCCUGUCCUUCUUCAACUGGUUCUACUGGUUGGUGAACCUGAAUUCUACCGUUGUGUUUCUGGGCAUUGCUUACAUCCAGCAGUCUGUGGGCCAAAAUCUGGGCUUCCUCAUCCCCUUCACUUCGGUGCUGCUGGCUCUCAUCGCCAUCCACAUGAUGCGCAACAAACUCACCUACAAACCCAAGAAAGGCGGUUCGCUGCUCACCACGCUGGGAGUGUUCUUGAACUCUCUGAAGAUGUGCUGCCUCCGCUACCGCCACCUGAGCGGCGACGUGGCGAGCUGGCUGGACCGUGCGAAGGAAAACAACGGCGGGCGAUACAGCGAGACGCACGUGGAGAACGUCAAAGUCCUGGCCAAGCUCUUCCCUCUUUACGGGCUUCAGCUGCUCUACAGAGCUUGCAUCACACAGAUUCCCUCGGGCUACUACAUACAGACGAUGAACUCCAACCUGCACCUGAACAACCUCCUGUUACCCAUCGGUGCCAUGAACAUAAUCAGCAUCCUGCCUCUCCUGCUGCUGGCCCCUCUCAUCGAGUGUGUGACGACCUGCUACCUCUCCAUGGAAAAGACUCCACUUGCACCUGCAAAACUCAUAACUCUGGGCCAUACAUGCGCCACCCUGUCGGUCCUGGUGGCAGGUUUGUCUGAGCUGCAGAGGAAGUCCUACCCCCUGGUGGAGCAGACUCUGUCUGGGAAGGUUCUGCGGGUGUCGUCCAUGCCGUGUUUCCAGCUGGCUCCUCAGUACGUCCUCCUCGGCCUGGCGGAGGCUCUCGUCACACCUGCAUGUUCUCUUAUUUCUUUCCAGCUGAUCCCAAACCACAUCAGAGGGAUCUCCCUGCAUUUCCUCACUCUGUCCUAUGGAGGUGGCUGCUUUCUGGGAGCUUUCAUCAUCCAGCUGCUGCACUUUACCUCUGGAGGUAACUUUUACCCAAACACACUGCACGAUGGGAAUCUGGAGAGGUUCUUCUUCCUUCUGGCCGUGCUCAUGGCCAUAAACACCAUGGUGUUUUGGAGCGUAUCGUACAGGUAUAUAGACCUGAGUGUGCAGGGUAAAGCACUGACCACCAGCCCUCUGACAGAGAAGCUGCUGCAUUACAAGGCCACUCUUCGCUUCUACGACACCAUGCAUCAAGCCUCCAUUGACUCUAUUUUAUGACUCCCUUCACUGAGCUUCAGCCUCCUGUUAACGGCGCUGGCGCUGCAUAUGACUGUGGACUGAACUGUAUGAACGAAAUGCAUAAAAUGUGCAUGUUUUUGUGGCUUUUACGAUCAUAAUGUAAUAACUAAUGUCAUUCAGAAUGUCCCGUAUUGUGUGUAAUCUGUAUUAUUGUGCAUAUGCAUGCAUAAAAAAA